UCUCAUACAGUAGCUCUGGACUAUGAGAAUGUCCACAGCGCAACUCUUCAUUUCUGGGGUGAUCUUCCUCGCAACUCUGUCAGGAGCACAUGGAGAUAAUGGAUACUAUACCUCCUCAGUGGAUCAGUGUCGAUUCAGCUCCUGGGACCUGAGUGAUCUGGAGUACAUUAGCUCGUACUGGUUUAACAAGGAUAAGUUCGUAGUUUUCAACAGCACGGUGGGGAAGUUUGUGGGGUACGGUGAGUUUGGAGUAUAUAAUGCAGAGAGAUGGAACAAUGACCCAGCGAUACUGGCACAGAUGCGCGCUGAGAAGGACAGAUCCUGCAAACCCAAUGCCCAGACUAAGAUUGAUAGCAUACUGACGAAGACAGUUGAGCCAGAGAUGACGCUGAAACUGACGAGGCCCUCUAGUGGUGGUCAUCCUGCGGUGCUGACGUGCAGGUACAACUUCUACCCAAAGCUGAUCAAAAUGACCUGGUUCAGAGAUGGACAGGAGGUGACCGGUGAUGUGGUAACCAGUGAGGAGCUGGCGGAUGGAGACUGGUACUACCAGAUGCACUCCCACCUGGAGUUCACCCCCAAAGCUGGAGAGAAGAUGUCCUGCAUGGUGGAGCACGCCAGCCUGAAGGAGCCCAAGGAGUUGGUCUGGGAGCCCUCCAUGUCCAGGGCUGACUGGUAUAUGGUUGCCAUGGGAGUAGCAGAAAUGGUGCUGGGGCUGAUUCUCGCUGCUGCCGGGAUCAUCUACUACAAGAAAAAGACCAGAGGGCGGAUCUCGGCAUCCAAGACCAGCAUGGACAAAGGUUUUCAUCAGAAGAAUAUGGAUACCAACUUCCUGCUAUGGCUAUUAAGUUCUUACAGAUCCUUCUCAGCACACUGUGAUUCAAAGACCCCUGUCAAGAAAUCAAUCCUGAAUACCGUGUGCAGUGAUCAUUAAGUUCAAUCCUGAAUAUCAUGUGCAGUGAUCAUUAAGUAUUAAUCCUGAAUACCAUGUGCAGUGAUCAUUAAGUAUCAAUUCUGAAUACCAUGUGCAGUGAUCGUUAAGUAUCAAUCCUGAAUACCGUGUGCAGUGAUCAUUAAGUUCAGUAUCAUUAAGUUUGUAACUUGUGAUUUACAUGUCCUCAGACCAAAAUAAAUUGUCUUUUGUAGAGGAAGGACAGGCACACUUUAUCCCAGUUGAAUAAACCUGAAGUGAUAAACAAAGAAAAUAAACUUAAAGAAAACUUA